CAGUAUACUUGCUUCUCUGAAUUCAGUAAAAGUAAAGUAACAAUAAAGUAAAUUUGGUCGGAGUGCCUCCACUGCGGGAAUACCGUCACGGAUACGGGUCUUCUGAUGAAGGCCACAAAAAGCACUGGCGAUGAAACAAAAAACAUAACUUUUUGACAGCUGUAAGUGUCCAUUCUGUCAGCUGACGAUAGGCGUCGUCUGGACGAUAAGUGUCUCUCCCUAUUGGCCAAAAGUGACGGCGCAGCUUUGCCAUAGGCUUCGUCUAGGCGUGCGCGACCAUGUUGACAUUGGCGUAUUUAUCGUCUGCACGUUAAGACGCCGUCUCAGAGACCUUGUUGAAAAAAUUAGAUAGUCGCCAACACUAAUAGUCGCCAACACUACUAUGUACUAUUUUUAACUCAUAGUAGAAGUUGAGUAGUUGAGUGAACACCAUGGCCGACCGAAAGGAAGCCACGGCGAAUGAACGAAACCCAAUUUUGGCACGCAGACUCCCAAGCAGAUUUCGCGUGGGAGGACCCUUAUUUCUAACGAUCGAUCAGAUUGAACUCCAGUCUCCAUGUCCAAGCAUCAAAGUUAGUUGGCAUUUAAAGAGAAUCAAAACAGAAAACUCAAGGCAAGAUCCAGGUCUUUGAAGACAAGACAAGCAAUACUGCACAAAAGAAGAUCACGAUGGAGGACCGUGGAGUCCAAACUGAUCCUGUAGUAAUGGAAGGGUCUACCACCAGUGCUGAGAAUGACGUUGAAUAUUACAGUACCAAGGCCGAAACAAGAAGAGUUGCCCUUGCCGAAGCAUUAGAGGAAAAUGAGAAACUGCAUCUUGAACGGGAUACCCUCAUAAGUGAGGUAAAUACCCUCAAAAGUGAGGUAAAUACCCUUAAAACUGAAAACAGUAUGCUCAAACCUCUAGCUGAUGAAGCUGAAUAUCUGGCUGGUGUUUUAGAGGGCCUUUUGGGCAGUCCAGAGGAUGAGGAACCAAAUGAAGGUGCUGAAAAUGCAAGCACAAGUGAUAGUUGACGCUUAUCGACCUGAAGUCAUUUCAAAAUUGCCACGCACCUCACAUUUAACUUUAUAGACCUUUUUAAGAUUCCUCGGUGUAAGCAGAGCGAAAAGUCGUGCGGCUAGUCGACUAGUGCGCACCAUGGCGGGGGAUAGCCGUAACUAGCUGCAGACUUGGCUUGAUUCUUCGAAUCACCUUGUUGUUCGGCUCUAUGUUACUGUAGUCUGCCUUACUUUAAGGGAUGAAAACUAUGAGAAUUACAAUAAUAACUACCUGAGACAAAGUGAUGUGAACACACAAAAUAGUUGCAACUUCUUCCAUGUAAGUUUUUUUCUACAAGUUGCAUCCAAAGUCUUCUUCUUUUUUCAAUGAGAACUUUGUCACCAUCAGAAAACCUAUCACAUUUAGUGUACUCUGGUAUUUUGUAGAACUUCCGUCCUUUUCCUAAUUUAGAUUGUUGAGUAAAAAAACAUAUAAGACACUUGGCAUUAACCAUUUCCUAACUUUUCGAGAAAUCAACGCAAUAGGUUUGACAUACAACACAGAGUGCCAGACUACAGUAACAUAGAGCCGAACAACAAGGUGAUUCGGAGAAUCAAGCCAAGUCUGCAGCUAGUUACGGCUAUCCCCCGCCAUGGUGCGCACUAGUCGACUAGCCGCACGACUUUUCGCUCUGCUUACACCGAGGAAUCUUAAAAAGGUCUAUAGGCCUUUUGGGCAGUCCAGAGGAUGAGGAACCAUAUAUCCGCUUGUGUGAGAUGUGAAUCUAAGGAGUAUGGCGCUAAAGUAUUCCCGCACAUUUCAAGACCCUUCACGUGGUCUUCGCUGUCCUCGUGGACACUACCAGUAGAUUACUGACUACAUUGUUUUUUUUUUAUUUUUUUUAUUUUAGGACCAUGUAUGGAAUAAACAUUUAAAGUCUGA